AUGGGUGAUUACAAGAAAGAAUUUGCUAGGCUUCAUGAUUAUGUUGAAAUGCUAAAGUCUACUAAUCAUGGCACUACUGCAGUGAUAAGGACAUCUACGAAUGCAGAACCUAGCAAGGAGGUGUUUAUGGGCAUUUAUAUUUGUCUUGAAGAAUUAAAAACUGGAUGGUUAGAAGGGUGCAGAAAUAUAAUUGGCUUUGAUGGUGCAUUCCUAAAGGGAAUAUGUAAAGAAACUGAAGGAGAAGGGUUGGCAAUUAUGUCUGAUAUGCAGAAGUUAUUGCCAAAUUCUGAGAUGAGGUGGUGUGCUAGACAUAUCUGGGCUAAUUGGAAGCAAACUUGGCCUGGCGAGGAAAGAAGGAAAAAAUUCUGGCAGUGUGCAAGAGCUACAUUUGAAGUUUACUUUAGCAAGAAGGUGGAUGAAAUGGACCAGCUGGGUGGAGAUAUUGUUCAAGACUUACUGAAAUACAACAAGAAGACAUGGUAUAGGACAUACUUCAAAGAACAUAGUAAGUAUGAUGUAGUGGAGAACAACAUGUAUGAGACAUUCAAUAGUUGGAUAUUGACAGCUAGGGACAAAUCUAUCAUUACUAUGUUAGAAAAAAUUAGAAUCAAGUGUAUGGAGAGGAUGAAUAGCAUGAGAGAGUUUUCUAGAAAAUGGGUAGGUGAUAUAUCACCCAUGGAUAUGAAAAUGCUUGGAGAUAAUGCUCAAAGGGCAGCAAAAUGUGAAGUCAAAUUUGAUGGUGAAACAGGGUAUGAGAUCCAGGAUGGGCCAUAUAAACAUAUUGUUGACUUUAGGAGGUGUUCUUGUACUUGUAGAUCAUGGGAAGACACCUACCUUAAGGCAUACAUCAUAUUCAUUCAACCUUUAACUAGUAUGAAUUUGUGGCCAAAAAGCACACUUCCAGCUAUUGAGCCACCUGUUAUAACUGCAAUGCUAGGAAGGCCAAAGAAAAAAAGAAGAAAACCUAUUGAUGAACCAAAAAAGAAGUUUGGGAAGGGUACAAGGAUAGGGAGACAAAUGAGAUAUUUUUUGUGCAAGACUCUUGGACAUAACAAGAAAGAAUGUCCAUCAACAAGAAAUCAAGGGGGAAGUGCUGGAACUAGUUCAAUUGGAGAUGAAACUACUGAAAAUGCUUCAUCAACAGAAGCAUGUGGAAUAUUGGAACUAGUGAAAGUGCAUCAGCAGCAGCAGCUGGAUCAGCAACAACAACUUUAA